CUGCGCUUUGUGAAUGGCCACCUGUUGUCUGUAGUCUUCUGGUACCUGUCACAUGUCUGCAGUCUCUGGUCAUCUCCUGUACCACGUCCUCAGUCUCUGGUCAUCUCCUGUACCAUGUCCACAGUCUCUGGUCAUCUCCUGUAGUAUUUCCGCAGUCUCUGGUCAUCUCCUGGACCAUGUCCUCAGUCUCUGGUCAUCUCCUGUAGUAUGUCCGCAGUCUCUGGUCAUCUCCUGUACCAUGUCCCUCAGUCUCUGGUCAUCUCCUGUAGUAUGUCCUCAGUCUCUGGUCAUCUCCUGUACCAUGUCCUCAGUCUCUGGUCAUCUCCUGUACCAUGUCCUCAGUCUCUGGUCAUAUCCUGUACCAUGUCCUCAGUUUCUGGUCAUCUCCUGCAGUAUGUCCGCAGUCUCUGGUCAUCUCCUGUACCAUGUCCGCAGUCUCUGGUCAUCUCCUGUACCAUGUCCUCAGUCUCUGGUCAUCUCCUUUACCAUGUCCGCUAUCUCUGGUCAUCUCCUGUACCAUGUCCGCAGUCUCUGGUCAUCUCCUGUACCAAGUCCGUAGUUUCUGGUCUUCUGUAGUAUGUCCGCAGUCUCUGGUCAUCUCCUGUACUAUGUCUGCAGUCUCUGGUCAUCUCCUG